GCAACAGCUGUUUCGUUUCGUGUCAACGUUCCCUUUUUCUCCUUGGCUCCGCUCACCGGCCACCCGACAAAAAAAAUGUUCCGAAUCGGAUUAAAAUUUCCGUGCAACGGUAUCAAUUGUAUAAAUAAAGUAAAAAAACAUGGAUACUCUAGAAUAUACCUCACGGCCAGGUGUUACGAAACCCGAGCACGAAUAAAAUGUGACCCAAUAACAAAGCCUGGCAAGGAUGACAAAUUUAUGUCCAGGUUUUCUGUACAUAAAUAUUCCACAAGCUCUCCUAAAAGUGAGAAAGGUCGAGGUUCGGGAAAAGCGCUAAUCACUUUAGGUGCAGUAACUUUAGGAACCAUAGGAAUAUUAGCAUAUGCAAAAAAUAAUCCUGAAGUGAGAUCAAUGCUUGAAGGAUGGAUGCCUGGCGUGGAUAAUACAAUUAAAAUUAUUUUUCAAGAAGAAAAUACCUAUUUCGAUUUCAUUAGAAAUUUCUUCGAUCAACUUAGGCAGUCAUUACACAAUAUUAUUUUUGGAGACCCCAUGGAAAAGGGAAAAGAAGCUCCGAAACCUGCUUUCACACCACUUGUUGAAAAGAAACCAGAACCCGUUAAUGAAAAUUAUACUGAAAUUAGAUUAAGCAAGGAGAAAGGAGCAGAAAUUGAAGUUGUUGCUGAGAAGCCGGAACCACCACAAACAAAAGUCUCAACAGAAUUAUUACCACAGAGUCUUGUAGAUUUAGAAAAAUCUUGCGGAGAUGCUGCUGCAAAGGCAAUUGCAGCUUUCCAUUCCGCUAUGUGUGCCAUUCAGGAUUAUAACAAAGAUGUUGUCCAAGUCGUGGAGAAGAUUGAUGUUUCUGAAGUAAACAAUGAAUCAUGGGAUAGAUUGAAAAGAGCAACUGAGAAGAGAAAGAAAGCAAUUAAUGAGGCAGAGAAACAUGCAUUGGAUGCAUUAACAUCGUUAAAACAAAUGUAUAGUUUAAUUGAUGAUCCUGAAUUUGUUGCACCAGCAACAGUGAAAGCAAUGGCAAGAAGAAAUGUCAAAAAGAUUUUAGAUGAUGUCGACGAUGCAAAGAAAAAGUUUCAAGACGAAUUAUUAUCUGCAAAUAUUACAGAACGGUAUUGGAAUCAGGUGAAGACAGCUCGAGAAAGUUUUAACGAGGAGCUGCAGAUUCUUUUUCCAAAUAUCAAUAUUCACGAAAAGAAACUUUCUGUAAAUGAAGAAGCAUUUGAUUUGUUUGUCUUGCACAUGUACAACAAAGUCAACUUCCUGCAGAAGGAACUCAACAAAUUAGAAACAGUUAUGGAAACCAAACUGAAGGCAGCUUUAAAAGCAGGAGGAGAUACUGUGAAUAAUGAAAAAUUGGAUGCUCUUAUAUGUGCAGAAGUGGAUAAGGUGAAACGCAACAUGCAUGAUGAUUUCGACAAGAAGUUGCUGGAAGAGAGAAAGCAGUUUGAAGAUUCAAUGCUUAAGGAGUUGAAAAUUCAGAAACAGCUUUUCGAUGACAGCUUGAAAGAACAAUUGACAUUGAAGGAGGCUGAAAAUCAAAGGACAAUUAAACGAGCCUUAAGUGAGAAGACCGAAAAUGCAUCGCUGGAAUAUAAAACUCAAAUUGCAGCACUCAUCGGAAGGUUAAAAGGUGUUGAAGGUGCCCUCAAAGAGCGUAUUAAUCAGGAAAAAGGAGCUUGCGAUGCCCAAAUGCUGUGGUCCGCAUGCCAAGCCUUGGCAAGAGCUGUUAAAGUUGCACCACCUGGAGCACCGAAAGAUAAAGCAGUGAGACCACUGGAACCUGAAAUUAUCGCAGUGAGGAAAGCUGCACUAAAAGACGAUGCAUUGGUGAAUGCGGUUGUUGAGGGAAUUCCGGAGGAAGCUUCGAAGCGAGGCGUAUUUCCCGAGAAUGCACUACGUGAACGAUUCCUUAAGGUAGAGAAGAUGGCGAGGAGGUUAGCUUUAGUGCCCGAAGAAGGAGCGUCGUUACCUGUUUAUCUUCUUAGCUGCCUUCAAAGCUUUCUGAUCAUUGAGGCCGUCAAUCCAAUUCCAAAAAGUGAACUCGAGGAUCAACCUAUCGAUGUUGAAAGCCUCAACACAUACGAUAUUCUUCACAGAGCGAGGUAUUACUUGGAUCGAAGUGACUUCAAAAUGACGCUACGAUAUAUGAAUUUAUUGAAAGGAGCAUCUCGAAACAUUGCUAACGACUGGAUGAACGAAGCUAGAAUUCUUUUAGAAACUCAGCAGGCUGUGGAUGCUUUACUUGCGUACGCUGGGGCUAAUGGCCUCAUCUUUCUUGGAGACGCGAAGACUAUAAAGCAAUAACCGAGAUGUGAGUAACUAAAUUUCCCAGAUAUGAGUUAUUUAUCGAGAAAAAAUAACUCUGUAAGAAGAGACCGAAGUUAUCCAGCCUUACUUGUACAGUCAUCUUUUUUAGUAAAUUAUAUCCUUCAGGAAUCGAAAUAAAUGGGUUUUAUCCAGCAAACUCAAGCAUUCUACGAGAAAUCUAACACGAGAAGCAGUGUAUUUUAAAUAAAUUCUUAUUUAUAAUUAAAUUCAGUCUGUUGAAAAAUAAUUUCUACCAUAAAUAACCUUUAAUGAAGAACUUUUCAGAAAUAAUUUGAUAGCGGAUCACAGCGACGAAUAAAAUGAAACCUACUAUGGACCCUUCUGGCCCACUCGUUAAGUCGAUGCAGAUUUAAUUAAUAGAGACAAAGUGCAAAUUUUAAAUGUCGAAUGAAAAUACUUAUAUGUAGUUGCUUCGACUUAGAUUGUUAUACAUCUUAUUGUUAAAUAAACUUGUUAAUGUACACACUCAUCAGGAAAAUAAGUUUUUUGUCUCUGACUUUGUAAUGACGGGCAAUGAGUGGACUUUGUAAGUAAAAUUGAUAUAAAUAGUGACAAA